ACCGAUUUUAACUGAUAAUAAACUAUAAAAAUAUACAAUGGCUGAAGAAGUGGACGAGGAAAGCCCUCUGCCAUCACUGGACAUCGAUGCAGAAGAAGAAGAGGAUGAAGAAGAAGAGAAUUUAGAUGAUGAUAGUGAACGCCUUAAAGAUGAUGCCCAUCAAGCAGUUGCAAACUUUCGAAGCAAUAAAUAUCGCGGGCAUAAUUUAUCAACCGUCAGCCAAAUGGAAAACAUAAAAGAACGACUAAACAAAUACAAAGAAAAUCGACUUGCACGCCUCUCGACGCUGCAACUACCACAUCGUCACAUCAUCGAAAUGGUGGCUUUGUUUCUGGGCAUUGAUCAAAACGAAGUAGUGGAGGGCGUUAUUGAUCUUGAGGCGCACGUUAACUUGCUUAAUGCAUUCAUGAGCAAAGGAGACAAGCAUGCGAUUAUCUUCUUUUAUCAAGAUGAUGAGGCACCACCACUUGAAACCGGAAGAUAUUCAGCGUUUGUCACCGGCCUGAAAGAAAAAAUUGAGAAGAGAGUCUUCGUUAGCGAUGGAUUACAUACAGCGUUCAAAGAACAAGCUGUGGUUGUUUAUAAAGUCGAAGAUAAAGAUCUCGAAAUGAGAAAUUUAGGCGAGCAACCAGAAUUGAUCUUGACGGCAUUGUAA